AUGGCAGUGCUUGCAAGAUUAUAUGGUGGAACUGGUGCUGCUGCAGAGAAAGCGACCGCCAUGUUGGAUCUGUACGACUGGUACAUUGUCCCUGUCCACAAUCCCGAUGGAUAUGAUUACGCUUAUUGGGUGUCGAGACUUUGGAGAAAGAAUAGACGGCAAAACAAUGGUAUAUGUUUUGGAGUCGACUUGAACAGAAACUGGAAUUCUAAUUUUGGAGGAACUGGUUCAUCCGGACAAUCCUGCUCAGAUACAUACCGUGGGAACAGUGCUCUCUCAGAACCGGAAACGGCAGCGCUGAAUGCAGCAGUCCAAACUACAAACACUGUAGCUUUUAUAUCAAUUCACAGCUAUUCUCAGUAUAUUCUGUUGCCAUGGGGAUAUCAGAGUUCCAAACCUAGUGAUUAUAACACAUUGUUAAGGAUAGCUAGGAGUGCUGAGGCAGAAUUGGAAUCAUACUAUAACACUGCCUUCCUUGUUGGAACACCUCCAGAUAUACUGUAUGUUGCUUCUGGGGGAGCCUAUGACCAUAUGAAGCUGAACAACGGCAUCAAAUACUCAUUCACCUAUGAACUUCGACCUGGAAGUGGAAGCUCGUGGGGUUUUGAACUUCCGGAAAACCAGAUUGCACCUACAAUUGAAGAGACAUUCGCCUCACUUUGGAAAUUUGCAGAAGAGAUCUAUGCGGAUGAUAACGCUACUGGCCGGAAGUAGAAAAAUUUGACAAUGAUAGAAAUACCCAUACGACCGCACG